AUGCGCACUUUAGCUUUUCUAUUUGCCACUGGCAUUUAUGCCACGACAAUUUCUGUCUUUGAGCGGGCCGAUCCUACGACCACCUCCCAGGCUGCCGUCUCAUUCAAGUCGAUCACCAGCUGUCAUUUCCACGGAACGGCUCAAUACUGCAUGGCUGGGAGCUCUGAAUAUCGCAUCAUCCCUGAAUCGCCCGUGACUGCAACGGAGAACGCUCCAGCUUCCUACACCGCAUGCCACAAUCAUGGCACCGCUACUGCCGAUGGCGAGGUUCAAGUGGUGAAUGCGGAUGCCACGAUCACUUCCGACGGCUCGCACGCGACGGCUACUGGCUCUUCGACAGCAUCCGGGCCCAGUAUCACUGCUAUCACCGAUUGCCACCUUUCAUCUAGUUCCUUGUUUUGCUCCGCUAGUUCGACGGAGUAUUACGUCCAGACGACUGUCACUGCUACGUCCGAUGUUCCAGCUCAGUUUACUGGGUGCCAUAGCCAUGGAACAGACACGUACUGUAUGACCGAGACUGAUGAGGUUGCGAUUCUGCUGGCGGAAGAUGUCAAGUCUGGAAACGCGAACCCAGACGAGAAGCACUGCCAUUUCCACGCCGGCGUCGAACACUGUGUCGGGGCUGGAGAGUCCGAAAAUGAUAGUUCCACCACAUCAUGCGAACGUAACGAAAGAGAGUACAAGAUUCCCAUUCGUAUUGGAAUGCUCUUUGUUACUCUUGUCGCAAGUGCAGUUGGUGUCUUCGGGCCGAUCCUUUUGUCCAAAUUUGUUCAAGUCAAGACCAAUAUCGUCUUCAUCAUUCUAAAGCAGUUCGGUACCGGUAUCAUUCUUUCAACAGCUUUUGCCCAUCUAUUCACCCACGCCAGCUUGAUGUUCGGAAAUUCGUGCCUCACGGGGCUAACGUACGAGGCGACUACGGCGGCCAUUGUCAUGGCUGGUCUGUUCAUCUCCUUCGUCAUCGAAUUUGUUGUUUCUAGACUGUUGCGAUGGCAGCAAGAGAAGGAGGUGGCUGACGGAAACGCUGAAUUGACACCCGCCGCCAUUGCAAAGGCCGAGACGACCAAUGUCACCAUCAUGGAGGCUGGUAUCAUCUUCCACUCUCUUCUGAUCGGUGUCACUACAGUCGUUGCAGGCGACUCAUUCUACAUUACUCUCUCCAUCGUCAUCAUCUUCCACCAGCUGUUCGAAGGUAUUGCCCUGGGUACUCGGAUCGCCUCUCUCGGCUACAGCACCGUCCUCACCAAAACCUCCACGGUCCACACUCACGCUCACGAUGCCCCUGCGCCCGAAGUCGAUCGUACACUGCCUUGCUCCGUUUCCAUGUUGAAGAAGCUGAUCAUGGCUACUGGAUUUGCGCUCGUCACCCCGGUCGGCAUGGCCAUUGGUAUCGGUGUGCUUCAUUCCUUCAACGGCAACGAUCCCUCUACCAUCAUCGCAAUCGGCACCCUGGAUGCGCUGUCGGCUGGUAUUCUCAUUUGGGUCGGCGUCGUGGAGAUGUUGGCUCAUGACUGGAUGCUCGGAGGCGAUGUAACCAACGCCAACAUGCUGACUACCGGCCUUGCCAUGUUCAGUCUGGUUGCCGGUAUGGUCCUCAUGAGCUUUCUUGGAAAAUGGGCGUAA